AAAAAGAAUGUUAACACGUCACUGUCAAUGAUGACAAUUUUGAUUUUUACAUUCCCGUAGCUUGAGGAAACUACUCUACUGUAUAUUGAUUAGGUACUUUUAACAAAUUUAAACAUGGAUGGAAUAACAGUAUACAAUCAUUUUUUAGGUAUGCACUUACCGCAAUUAUUAUUAUCAAACGUUCCCGAACACUUUUGGCACACAUUGAGUAAGAAACUUGAACAAAAUAUAUUUGAUUCCGGCACGACAUUUCAGCUAUUAGAAAUCGAUUAUGAAGGCUCUGAAAUUAAGUCUUACGAACCUUUGUGGAGUGUGGUGACUACCCGGGAUAUUGAACGCUCAGAUCCCAAUCAUAUAUAUUUAGUAGACCAUGCUUGGACUUUCCAAGCUAACAGUGUGAAAACCAACCUAAGGAAUACACCUAAUCUUCUGGAAAGGAUGUGUGCUAUGAUGAAAGUUACCGGGGACACAACUGAGGAAAAGAUUGAAAAAGUAUCACACAAUGUUUGGAGAUAUGCACAUACUUAUGCUCUUGGUGGUAAUGAUUUUUCAGCAGAAGACCGUGUACCAGUUUGGUAUGUUUUAGAUGAGUUGGGCUCGGGUAUUAUUCAUUCAGAUAACCCAAAUUUUAGAACUGUUCCAUUUAUGCAUAUUCCAAGACAAAUAACAUAUACCCUACUAUUUCCUAUACAGGAUAUUGAAGAGGGUGAACCAAUUACAAGGAAUUUUGUGGAAGGCAAUUAUACAGAUUCUUUGCAAAGAGAAGCCAUGCUGAUUCCUUGGAAGCAUUAUAAUAACUUUGAUGAUGACUUCUCACAAGAGGAACCCGAUUCAAAUUAUUUCCUUGAAGGUCAUAUUGUAGAGGAUUUACCAGAUUUGGAAAUAUUAAGUAGAAGAGAAACAACUGCAGGUGAAAAGCUCAAAGUGUUUUCAAAUUACAGAUUUAUCAAUGAGCAUCUUACAUUACCAGAAUUCGAGAUUGUACACAAUGAAGAUGAUGCUGAUAUAGUGUGGUAUACAGAUCAUUUCAAAACAUUCAGAGAUUUCAGUAUAAACACUCCAAACAAAUUUGUUAAUCAAUUUCCCUUUGAAUAUGUUAUAACUAUUAAAGAUUUAUUAGCAAUAGUUGCAAGGAGGUGUUCUAAAAAAUAUGAUAAUCUCAGUGCAUUGGAAACUAGCCCAGCUUGGUUGCCUACUACAUUCAAUAUGAAGACCGAACUCUCAAAAUUUGUAGCAUAUUACAUGCAGAGAAAGAAAGCUGGUUUGGAUAAUCAUUGGAUUUGCAAACCAUAUAAUUUAGCCAGAAGUUUAGAUACCUAUGUUACAGAUGACCUUUACUUUAUGUGUCGCUUACCUCAAAGUGGUCCUAAAAUAGCACAAAAAUAUAUUGAGAAUUCAGUUUUGUUCGAAAGGCCUGAUAUAGGGCGAGUGAAAUUUGAUAUUCGCUAUGUUAUUCUUUUGACAUCAGUAAAUCCAACCCAAGUUUACAUUUACAAUAACUUUUUUCUAAGAUUUGCAAAUAAACCAUUUGCAAUGGAUAAUUUUGAAGAUUAUGAACAGCAUUUCACUGUUAUGAAUUACACGGAAAAUACUUUAUUUAGAAUGCUAUGUGCCCAGUUUAAGGAAGCUUGGGCUCUACAGAAUGCCAAUUAUAAUUGGGAUGAAGUAGAAAAAUCUAUAUUUGGAAUGAUAUCUGAGGUGUUUAAGGCUGCCACUUGUGUCGAACCACCACGUGGGAUUGGAAAAAGCCCACAAUCUAGAGCUUUAUAUGCAGCAGACAUUAUGUUGAAGUGGCAGAAAGUAGAUGGUGAAAUGAAAAUUCUACCACAGUUGUUGGAAGUAAACUGGAUGCCGGAUUGUCGCCGUGCAUGUGAAUACUAUCCUGAUUUCUAUAAUGACGUGUUUUCUGUUAUGUUCCUUAAUAAAGAUGUGGACACUUGUACAAAGAUCUUGUAAGUUCACUGGGAAAAUUUAUUUAUUGUGUACAUUAAGUGUUAAGUAUCAAGUCAACUGAUGGAAGUUAUAUUGGAAUCAAUGCUGCAAAAAGGAGAAAACACCAUGUAUGGGAAUCAAGAUUUCGAAUUUGAGAAAUCAAUAUGUAUUGGUAUAAAUGCUACGAACUGAUAGAGGUCUCAUUGUAAUAAAUUCUGCUCAGGUUACUGAGGAAACACAACGUAUUGGAAUUAAGGCUUUGAUUUCUAGAAAACAUGAUGUUAUGGAAUUAAAACUACAAACUGAUAGAGGUCACAUUGGAAUCAAUUCCUAUAUUUGCUAUAGGCUGUAUAGUCGGUCGAUUGCGGUGGACUGGUUGCGGCUGGUCGGUCUUCCUCUCCCAUCCCUGAGUGUGUCACUCCCUAUAAAAUAUGUGCCCCCUGGUGUAUCCACCUAGACUGGGUCAUUGCUUGGAUCAUGGGCUUUGCUUGGAUGGGUGUGGUACCAAUGUUCAUGUUAAGUGAAGUAUCAAGUCUGCUUCUUUUCUGGUCACAAGUAUUUCAAUUUGUUUUAAUUUUAGUUUUACUUUUAUAUACUACACUAUAUAUGAAUGAUGAAUAUAUCCAUUGUGUCUA